AGGAGGAGGAGAAAAGGAGAAACUCGUCGGAGGCGACAAGAGAGAGAGGAAGCAGAGAAAGUUAGAGGAGCGAGAGGAGAGGGGUCGAGCAGAUGGGAGGAAGGAAGGAAAUGAUCUCUCUGCGGGCUCAAGUGCGCGAUUAAAGGAUUGUGCGUAAAUAAACAAAUGAAUCAAAGCCUAUAAUACAAUCAAAAAAAGGGGGAGUUGUAUGCGCGCCACCGCGUUGCGUGGACGCGGACAAGACAGCGCGCUGAAACAAGUUCUGUGUUUCUCUCUGGAUUUUACUCCUCAUGUUCCUCAAAGUCUCGCUGCUGUGUAGUAACUUUUUAGUUUGAAAAUCUCCCCCCCCCCACACCCCGCCCCCCUCGUCCUGUCGGUUCACUCUCUCCCCGGAAAAGAAGCUCCGGGGUGGAAGUUGGAGGAAGGAAGCGCGGGUUUUUGUUCCUUCCGAGGAGUCCAGCUCGCCUUAGCCGGGGUUUAGGCGUUGGCAACGGGCAGGGAAUACCUUGCCAUGGCCGGGGCCAAGCCGGGAGUCCACGCGCUGCAACUCAAGCCCACGUCCGUCCACGAAGCGCUGAAGAAGGGGGGCAAGUUCAUCAAAUGGGACGAGGAGCCAAACAGCGGCCCCCCCACCCUGGUGACCCUGAAAGUUGACCCCGAUGGAUUCUUCCUCUACUGGACUGGAGGCUCCAACCUGGAGGUGGAGACUCUGGACAUCAACACCAUCAGGGACACCAGGACAGGAAAAUACGCCAAACUACCAAAGGACGCCAAGCUGCGGGACGUGCUCGGCUUCGUUAAGGGAGGCAGCGUCGAGAGGAAGCUGGUAACCGUCGUCUAUGGCAAUGACCUGGUCAACAUCUCUUACCUGAACUUCCAGGCCAUGCAGGAAGAUACAGCCAAGAUUUGGACAGAUGAGCUCUUCACUUUGGCCACAAACAUACUUUCCCAGAACGCAUCGCGGAACACCUUCCUGCACAAAGCGUACACUAAGUUAAAGCUGCAGGUGAAUCAGGAUGGGAAGAUUCCUGUGAAGAAUAUCCUCAAGAUGUUCUCAGAUAAAAAGAGAGUGGAGACGGCUCUGGAGCAGUGUGGCCUCGUCAAUAACAAGAUCGAGGGAAUCAAGCCAGAUGAUUUCACGUGGGACGCCUUCCAGAAGUUUCUUGAAAGCCUUUGUCUCCGGCCUGAGAUACAAAGCAUCUUUGAGGAAAGUGGCUCCAAGAGGAAGCCGUUCAUCUCUUUGGACCAGUUGAUAGAAUUCAUUAACCACAGGCAGCGAGACUCCCGACUGAACGAGGUGCUGUACCCCCCCCUGAAGAGAGAGCAGGUCCGACAGAUCAUGGAGGAAUACGAGACCAACGUCAGCCAGCUGGAGAGAGAUCAGAUCAGUUUGCAGGCCUUCACUCGGUAUCUGGGAGGAGAGGAAAACAGCAUCGUUCCUCCAGAGAGGCUGGAUAUCAUCGACGACAUGAAUCAGCCUCUGUCUCACUACUUCAUUAACUCAUCACACAACACAUACCUCACAGUGGGUCAGCUGACCGGCCUCUCCUCGGUGGAGAUGUACCGCCAGGUGCUGCUGACCGGCUGCCGCUGCAUCGAGCUGGACUGCUGGAAGGGCCGCCCGCAGGACGAGGAGCCCUACAUCACCCACGGCUUCACCAUGACCACUGAGAUCCCCUUUAAGGAGGUGAUCGAGGCGAUAGCAGAGAGUGCUUUCAAGACCUCGGCGUACCCCCUCAUCCUGUCCUUUGAAAACCACGUAGAUUCGGCUAAGCAGCAGGCCAAGAUGGCAGAGUACUGCAGGACCAUCUUUGGAGACGCCCUGCUCAUCGAUCCACUGGAGAAAUAUCCGCUGGACCCUGGUCAGCCGCUCCCCACCCCACAGGAGUUGCUGGGGAGGAUUCUCAUCAAAAACAAGAAGAAGCACCAGCACCACCGACCCUCGAGUAGCGGCAGCAUACGGCGCAGAGAGCUGGAGGAGCAACCGUCGCACAACAACGAAGGCCCACUGACAGAUGGCGAGGGAAGCCAUCUGCUGACUAACGGAGAGGAAAAGCUAGCUGAGAGGAUGGUCAAAGACUCUGAGCCACGCAAAUCCCUUGGGGGUGAGGGAGAAAGCGAGGAGGAUGAGGAGGACGAACCGGUGACAGACCUGAAGAAGCCCAACUCUGACGAGGGUACAGCCAGCAGUGAGGUGAACGCCACAGAGGAGAUGUCCACUCUUGUCAACUACAUCGAGCCUGUCAAAUUCAAGAGCUUUGAGGUGGCAAACAAGAGAAGAAAGUACUUUGAAAUGUCCUCAUUGGUGGAAACAAAAGGCAUGGACAUCCUGAAGGCUUCCCCCAUCAAGUUUGUAGAGUACAAUAAGAACCAGCUGAGCAGAAUCUACCCUAAAGGAACGAGGGUGGACAGCUCCAACUACAUGCCGCAGCUCUUCUGGAACGUCGGCUGCCAGAUGGUGGCGCUAAACUUCCAGACCCUCGACCUCCCUAUGCAGCUGAACAUGGGUGUGUUUGAGUACAACGGCCACAGCGGAUACCUGCUGAAACCUGAGUUCAUGAGAAGGACGGACAAACAGUUUGACCCUUUCACAGAAAACAUAGUGGAUGGGAUAGUCGCUAAUACUGUUAAAAUUAGGGUGAUCUCAGGGCAGUUUCUGACUGAUAAAAAGGUGGGCGUGUAUGUGGAAGUGGACAUAUUUGGACUUCCUGCUGAUACAAAGAGGAAGUACAGAACCAAAACAUCCAAUGGGAACUCUCUGGACCCCGUGUGGGACGAUGACAUGUUUGUGUUUAAUAAGGUGGUCCUCCCCACACUAGCCUCUCUGAGGAUAGCGGUGUUUGAAGAAAAUGGAAAGUUUAUUGGACAUCGAAUCCUCCCUGUGUCAGCCAUAAGACCUGGCUACCACUACAUUAAUCUGAAGAGUGAGCUGAACCAGCCGCUCAUCCUGCCCUCUCUGCUGGUCUACACUGAGGCUCAGGACUACAUCCCCAAUGAACACCAGGAGUAUGCAGAGGCUCUGACCAACCCCAUUAAGCACAUCAGUCAGUUACACAAGAGGGAGACUCAGCUGGCUGUUCUCAUAGAGGACAACAGUGAGCAUAUUCCCAACCAGCCCAAAGAGCGCGAGAGCAAGGGGGAGUGGGAGGUCAUUCAGGGCGGGGGACUGCCCUCCCCCUUCUCCAGCCUUCCCCCCUUCCCACUGGACGAAGCCCCUGACAUCCUCAAACUACCUGCACCGGUACAAAGUCCAAAGGAGGACCUCAUAGCCACUGUUCUGGCAGACAUCCAGGUCCAGUCUAUAGAGGAGCUGAAGCAGCAGAAGGGCUACUUGAAGCUCCAAAAGAAACAGAGCAAAGAACUCAAAGAGAUCCGAAAGAAGCACCUCAAAAAGGUGUGGAAUCUGAGUAAGGAGCAGAAGAGUCGGAGCAGCCAGCUUCAGUCUGACACCCAGAGGAGACGCAGUCAGAUGGAGAAACACCUCAAACGGAGCAUCAGGAAAAACAUGUGUCUGUGUCGUCUGCAAGAAGCUGUCAUAAAUGAGCCCAAUGAGCCGGUGCAGCGCGAGCUCACCGCUCUGGAUCAGGAGCUGGAGAAGCAGUCGGUCCAGCUGAGGGAGUGGCAGAUGCAAGAACUCCUUAAACUCCGACAGCAGCUUCACCUACCGGAGCGGGAAAAGCAGCAAACACACCUGCAGGAGGCCUUCAAGAAGUUAAAGGAGACGGCCAAUGAAUGCCAAGCAGCUCAGCUGAAAAAGCUCAAGGAGACAUGCGAGAAGGAGAAGAAAGAGCUCCAGAGGAUCAUGGACAGGAAGCGACAGAACAGCAUCAGCGACGCCAAGACCCGCGACAAAGACAAGGCAGAAACGGAAUUGAAUGAGAUCAACAGGAAACAUAUUCAGGAUUCUGUCUCUUUAAUCGGCGGGCUGGAGGAGGCUCAGACCAGGAGGCAGGACAAGCUGAUGCUGAGGCACCGGGAGAUGCUGCAACACAUCGAUGAUGAACUUCCUCUGCUCCAGUCUCAGUUGGAGAAGGAUCUGGACCAGGAGUAUGAGCGCCUGCAGGAGGAGAUCUGCCAGCACCUCCAGGUGGAGCUGCACAACAAAGGGCUGAGAACAGACGCCCUGUACUCGCCCUUUCCAAACCAGGGCAGCCCCGGGUCGGGCCCCCCCUCCAACUGCUCCACGCCCGACCGCUGCCCCUGGAACAGGAGCAUGGACAAUAGCACCGCCUCAUUGGCUGAUUCCACUUCCUCGUCCACUCCUGUCCUAUCAGAGGCGGAGAUGUCGUUCAGUUAAAACUAUAACGUGUAAAAAGCAAAUGCUUACAUUCAACUGGGGUCUAUAAUGAUUAUAAUGUGGGAUAGUAAUGAUAUUAAUUAUUUACUAAUUUUAUUCCUUUUUUUUAUUACAGACUGUUAUGUUCGUGUCUACAGAGCUAUAUCAUUUUUUAUUUUGCUGCUUUUGUCAGAUGCACAUGUCUUUUUGUUGGAAGAUUUCAUUAGAAUCAUGACUUUUUUUACUUUUCGGUGUAUGUCUUUGGCUUUUAAUGUCAUAUCGUCUGAUGCCUUUUGUGUUAGCAUCAUUGAAAUGGUCUGGUCAGUAAGCUUUACUGUAGUUAGAAACCAGCUUUACAUUCACAUUUUAUUGACACUUUGAAAGCUUUAAACUGUGCAGAGAGAAGAGCAGGAUUUGAAAACAGAUGACUUUGUUGAGGGGAAACCUUUUAGAAUAAAUACAGCUAACCCAAGCAAUUCAUGGUAAUAUGAUGUUAGUAGAUUCAUAAUGGUCUUAUUCCCUAGAAAUAGAUCAGGAACUAUUUAAAACAAAGCCUAUGGAGUUCUUUAAGUACUACAUAACAUUUUUUUAAAACAACGCUGAGAGGUCAUUUUCCAGAGUAAAAGAGGGCAACAUUUUAACAAAAGGGUUUAAAAGUUUAGUUUUUAACUGUAAUGGCAGGAGCUGACCAGCAAGUGGAGCUGCAGCGUUGGCUAUUUAUUUUAACGCCUUUCAUUCAUGGAGCGUGAUCAUCCUAUUACACUGUACCCUGACACACACACACACACACACACACACACACACACACACACACACACACACAUCUGUCGCAUUGUUUAGCAUCAAGUCUCUGACCUCUAACCUCCAAACAGAAUCCAGACAAGGUUUUUCAUCCAUCUGUCUAGAUAAGAAUGUGUUUGUUUGAGAGAGAAAAAAGGGAGGGCCUGAGUGAUGUAACACUUCACACACACACACACACACAUGCAUGACACUGUAUUUUGUAAUGAGGCGUCUAUAAAAAUGCAGUGGGACACACACUCAGAGUUAAUUGGUUCAGUGGCCAAAAGCCUUUAAAAUCCUCAUCCCAUCCAAUCUGUCACAAUCCCAUAACUUUACAAAUAUGGCCGAAACUUUUCAAGGGUAUUUGAAAGUGAGUGUGUGUGUGCGUUCAGAACUUAAUCCCUUGAUGUGACAUCUGCUCUAUCCUAGUAUGCUUUAAAAGCAUCGGCACUGUAGGAGGCACUCUUCAGAUGAGGAUAUAAAGCUGCAUCAUGACGUUUUCAUGUAAAAAUGCGCCUGUAUUUGAGGUCUGAAUCACCAAAUGAGGGUGGUCUUUUGCGUUCUUAUUGCAGCUCUGUAGAUCUGCUCAAUAUACCAAAUUGUUUAAUUGUUCUAUAAUGUGGUAAGAAGCCCCAGCUCUUUGCUUUAACUUCACUGAAGCCUCAAAAUUCAAAGCGUGACCUCUUAAUAUAUCAUAUUAUAGGUAACAGUCGUUCACCUCCAGAGUGACAUGGGAAGAGCUUAUGUUAUAUUUUAUUUAAGGGUGAAUCUGUCUUAAAAUAAUCCCACACAGCUCCCCCAGUUUGUCCAUUUAAGCCAAAUAUUGAAUGUAGGAUUGUAGUGCACAAACGGUACUUUAAAAGUUUCCUCAAUCUUUAUUUCAGCCAUUUUUGAAGACUAUUUUUGUUUCUUGUAUACCACUCUGUUUUGUUGUCUUGUCUGCUUUGAGGGGCAUAAUGAUGGCACUCUAUGUACAUGUAUUCCGUGUAAAUGUUUAGUUUUAUGUGAAUUUGACUACUGACCACAAGUGCUGAAGAGGGAUGAAGGUCAGGAGAGGUCGGGGAAGGCUAAGGGAAGAAUAUCAUUUCUGCUUUUUCUCAAAGAUAGAUUGUUUUUGGGUGAGAUUCCUGUCCUCCAUCCUUCAGCGAGCGCUGGCUGCCUGUCUAUCUGUCUUCCCCCCCCCCACACAAACGUCUUUGUAAACUAACAUCUAUUUAAAUGGAAUUUUAACAACGUA